CGAAACAACUUGAGAGCGAAAUAAAAGUCGAUCGGUUCAUACUAGCUGGUGAUCGAAUUAUUGAAUAUGUAUGUGUUCAAAAUGCUCAUCGACAAAGAAAACUGCUGGUUCAUACGGUUUUACCUUUUAUUGUUUUAACGAGCAGUGCGACGCCAUCUUUGUAUCUUUGUUCGUAUCUGUUGCUGUUUUAGGAGUAGUAUCUGCAUUUUUGAUGCCGGCGAAAAAGGCCAGUGCGAUAAUGACACGGGGUCGGAGUAAGUCCAUCAAUCGGAACACCUCAAACAAACGUACACGAACCCCAAGUUUUUCACGGGCCAGUUCGAAAACACCCACUAGACGAAUCCGAACACCAGCAUCUGAGUCCAAGGUGAAACGUAGACGUUCUCCAAGUGUUGAGCCCAGUGAAGAGUCUGUCCAAAGUGAUACUAAAGGAACUGUACUUGACCGCACUGUUCAAACUGACGCAAUAAAACCACUCAUUCCGAACUACGGAUUAUCUAGUUUGUCUCGAAGAAUUAUACAGAAAAUAGAAACAGAACACCCAACUCAUUUUCACAAAGAUGAACUGAUCCGAAGGUCAGAAGUGAUCCAGUCACAUAAACCAGCAACAAUAAAUCCACUUUUGACAAGUUAUCGUAAAACGUUUAGUCCAACUGUUGUUGCUAUUAUCCAAGUACUCUUCGUUGUACCAUUCGUUUACUGGCUAAAUCUUCUGGUAUUCGCACCCGUUUCAGUAAGUAAUUUUUCUGGAGAAAACAAAAGCUUGUGGGAAUCAACGUUUCCAUUAAUUGACAUUCUUUGGCCAACUGGAGAUAACAGGAGUCUGUGGGGUCCUGCACGUCCAUUUAUUGGAGUUCUCUGGCCAAAUGACUGGCACGUUUACAUCAACAUUCAGAGUUCUGUGCUUGUUUUCAUGUACCUUUUGUUGCAGUGUUUAGUAGCUCGUUUCAUCCCUAUAGGUCGACUUGUGACUAUGGGACUCCGAAAUAUGAACUACCGCUGUAAUAGUCUGAUAUCUUUUGUCAUGUUUGUUGGAUUGUUUACUUUCGCUGAAUUGUCCGAAUAUACCAUAACCAGGCAUUUAAAACCUACUGAAAUGCUUCCAAAGCUGUGGCUCAGUUUACUGACUUCAACUUGUUUGGUGUCUGUUUUUCUAUCUUUGGUUGCGUAUUUCGCCUCUAAGACAGUUAUGCGUCAUACAAGACAGUCAGCGGCUAAAACAAGUAGUGCGUUCCUUGAUUUUUGGUGCGGUCGUUACGUGCGACCCCAAUGGUUCGGUAUUGAUUGGAAAAUGACUAUAACUCGAUCAGGAUUAAUGGGAUUGCCUUUAAUAGACCUAACGUAUAUAUUCAAACAGUAUGAGCAAUAUGAACGCAUUAGCCCGGCUCUUGCGGCUCAUGCACUUAUGCACACUUUAUGGGUGCUUGACUUCUUCAUUUUCGAAUAUACCUUCGCUUCUACCUACGAAGCUCAAUCCGUAACAUUUGGUGCUUGCUUUAUUAUCAAUCGACUUGUCGCUCUACCUUUCAUAUAUUCCAUAACAAGUUCGUACUUAUCUUCAAGGCCUGAUGUUGGCAGGCAACUAACUAGUUCUUCAAAACAUAGUUGUAAUGCUUGGAUUAUGGGAAUUGCUAUUGUUUUAUUCUUACUGGGGUUAUGGAUUCACCGUAGAUCGAAUAACCAGAAAGACAGAUUCAGACGUGAACCUCACCAUCCAUCGUUUGCUAAUACAGAGAUUGUGGCUGGUCCAGGUGCUCAGCGAUUGCUUGUUUCAGGUUGGUGGGGAUGUGUUCGUCACCCUAAUUAUGUUGGCUACAUUAUUAUGGCCAUGGCAAUGGGAAUUCCAUGUGGUUUUGACUCUCCACUCCCUUGGGUUAUUCCUGCCAUCAUAAUUCUCAAUCUUAUUCAUCGUGCCAGGGUUGUGGAGGACGCUUGUUUAAGAAGACAUGGCCCAGCAUGGCAAAAGUAUGCAGCUCUAGUGCCGUAUCGAUUUAUACCUAAAGUUUUCUAACUGUUACUAUUUAUUUAAUAAUAUUUACUACUGCAUUUAUUUUCGCUCAACAGUUAAUUCUUACCAACUUUUAUGUUUACAGAUUUUGUGCUCUUUAUUUCGUGUAAUUUCUUAGAACUUUUCAAAUUGGCAGCAUUUUUGUGUAUAUUUAAGUUUUGUUAUGGUAGUAGUCUGUUAGGUGUUCAAUUUCCUCUUUGAUAUUUUUAAUUCCAAAUGAUUUGUUUUAAUAAUAAAUGAAUGUUUUUUUUAAAAAAAAAAUAAUUAAUUGUUUAUCUCUAUAAGAAAUCACGAAAAGACGAUGUAGUUUUUUCUUUAAAAAAAUUUUUACGGGGCUAAAAGUGGGUUUACAAAGUAUGUAUAUAUAUAUAUAGCAAGUUUGUAGCGGUAUAUUGCAACUGCUCAUUCCUUGAUAUGUUAUAGCAACCAAAAA